UGCCGAUGCUGCUCGCGUCCGCAGUCCGACGAGGAGGAGGAGGAGUGGGGCGCUCGGCCUAGCGCGGCUCCGUCGGCGCUUUCGUUCUUCUUCUCGUCGUGGCGUAACUACUGCCGCCGCUGCUGCUCGUCACGUCGUCGGCGAUACCGAAGCAACCCCUCCCUCUAUCCUCAUCCCAGGUCGUCGUUCUGUGCACAGCGAGGAGGGAUUUUUCCACGAGGCGGCACUGAGAACACACCAGGCACCACGAGACAUGGAGCAGUGCACGGGGGCAAAGGCGACUGAUCCCCAGCCGAUCACCGACACACAAGGCGACCGUCGCUGGAUGUCCAUUCACGAGUCCUACGUGAUCGAGUGCAAGAGCAAGGAGCCCGAAAUCCUCUUUGUGGGUGACUCCAUGGUUCAGCUUCUUGGACAAUAUGAGAUCUGGAAGAGGCUGUUUUCCCCCCUGCAUGCACUAAAUUUUGGAAUAGGUGGGGAUGAGACCCAGCAUGUGCUAUGGAGGCUCCAGAAUGGAGAGCUAGAAAACAUCGACCCCAAGGUUAUUGUGGUUUGGGUUGGCACCAACAACCACAAGCAUACACCGGAAGAGAUUUCUGAAGGGAUUUUAGCGAUCGUGACAUACAUAAAUGAAAAACACCCCCAGGCUGCUGUUGUAGUUUUGGGCUUGCUACCUCGUGGGCGGGAUCCAAACCCACUUCGAGAAAAAAACCUGCGCGUCAACGAGCUCGUGGCAAAAGCACUCGUGCCCGCCAACGACGUGAAGCCGCCCCGGGCCCACUUCCUCGACGACAACUACGGCUUCGUUCACUCAGAUGGCACCAUUGGGCGCAGCGACAUGUACGACUUUUUGCAUCUGACGACGGGCGGCUAUGAAAAUCUCUGCGGCCGUUUGCACGAGCUUAUCCUGAAUCUUCUGGGCGAGACGAACGGCGCAGCGAAGACGCAGGGGGAACCAUCCGCCUAAUCACCUGAAUGCUCCCUUACCCCACGGACGGGCUCGUUAGUUUUAGCCGACGCAUUCAUAUGUGCAGAGGUUUUGUUCGGUCAAACUUUUUUUAUUUACUUAUACAAUUUCGGGUGAUAAAAACAUUGGUCUUUUUUUAGAUGACAGUUUUUGCUUUAGUUAUCAAUUAACCUUUAGACUGCAAUCAAUACAACAGUUUUGGGGAUGGUAAUGUAAAUAAUUGCAUAAUGAAAACCUGUUUAGUUUACUCUGGUGUAUACUUGCAUGUGUCAAUUGACUCUUUUUAGUCUUUUGCUUAACAGCUCUAAUGUUGCUAAAGAGCACUUCAGGUUGUAUGGGAGGACCUUAAAAUAUUUGCAGUCCAAAGGUUAAGUGUCACUUCAAAGGAUUAUCAGAAUGUCAUGAACGUCUUAACAUCAUAAUGCACACUGUAAUCUGCCUAUACGUUGUAUGUGCCUGGAUUAGAAUAAGUAAGGCAAUAAUGCAAUUAGUGGAUUUUGUUUUAUGAACAAAAUUGCUGGAACCAAAAGCCUUAUUUAAUUUUCCUAAUUUAAGUACAAAUCUCACAUUUUCUCCUAUCAAGUUAACGAUCAAUGUGAAGAGACAAUGUGCACGCUCAUGUGAUGAGAUGGUGGCAGAACAAUGGGUUUUUUUUGCUUGCUGUGGAAAGCUUUUUCUGUUUGUAGCAUUUCGAACUUGUGUAACAUUUAAUUAAGAAGGAAUAUGUGACAGGUUUACUAGAUAAUUCCAAGAAAAAUUGGUUCAGCAAAUUUUAAAUUUGUCAAACUAGUAUCAAAUAUGUUCAAACCAACGGUUCUAAAUUCACACAAACGCUCUCAAUUUCUAUAUGUUCGAAUAAAAAUGUAACAUGUUAAAUUUACAUUCGAAUAUGUUUUUUUAAUAUACAAAUAAUUAGGAAUAGUGAUUACGUAAACGUAUGAGAGUUGAACAAAUGGUUUUAACCUAAAAACAACUUGUAUUUUUGAUUUGUAUAACUUGCUGAACCCCAAUCUUUCUGGGAUGUCAGAACAAAGAAAGUUCAUAAGUACUGCCAGUGAAAGUCGUCUGAUGUAUGUUUUGUGUUUUAAUAAUGGCACAGGAUGAAUACUAAUUUACAGUAACCGUCAUUGCUUCACAAAUAUCACUGAAAUAAAAUGUAAUCUCACA